AACACCUGAGUGCAGGUACAUUGACAUUUCUUUCAUAAAAAAUUGGCGGUCGGUUUCAAAAUGGAGUUUGAAUUUACCAUUCCUUUAACUAAAGACGACCUUUUAUGUCCGUCCGAAGAUUCAUACGUUGUACAGAAUGUCUACAAUGUCCGUGGUUUGCCAGGAAUGUUAAAUGAAGCAGUCGUUGCUUUGAACUGUGGACCCGAUAAUAUUAUUCACCAUUUUGAUGUCUUCUUCAGUGUUUUGAAGAAUUUCACUCAAUUGGACCAAAAUUUGAAAUUUAACUGCUGGGAAUCCCUAAAUAAAGCCCUGACAAUGCAGAUGAGCACCUUGAUAAACAUCUUUGAUCAGAAUAGUAUUGAACAGGAGACAAAAAAACAACAACGUAAUAUUCUCAAGAUGUUGUGCUACCUUCUAACUCAAUUUGCCGAAGAAUUUGAAGGAGAAGAUUGCAAGCCAUCAGCAACAGACGUGAGACGGAAAAAUGGCAAGGCAAAGAAAUCCUCUGUAGCGCUACCUUUUGAUUGGCCCGAGAUGAAAAGAGAUUUUAUCACCAUGAUAACUCAAUUGUUGAACACAAACCUUGUUUCUUUGUGGGAACCUCCCGUUGCUGAAGAGGAGAGUAUAAAUAUGUUCGCCAAUUGCUGUUACAAGUUUAUGGAGAAUAAUGGUUUGAACCGCGAUAAACCUCUUCGUGAUAACAUUCUUCACGUACUUGCCAUCUUAGUGAAACGAUACAACCAAAGUUUGAGUGUUGGCGUCAAGGUUAUUCAACUACUGCAGCAUUUUGAACACUUGAUAUCUGCUAUGGCUCAACUCGUUCAUCUCUGUGCUACGGAAUACGAAACGCGGACUCUCGUUGUUGGUGUAUUGAGGGAAAUCAGUAGCAUUGAUCCUAAAGAUUUGGAGCGUGACACGAGUGGAGCUAGAAAUUAUUCCGAGUUUCUUGUUGAUCUCGCUUCCAGAAUACCUGAACAUAUUAUGUCAAACCUGAGCUUGCUGCUUUGUCAUUUGGACAACGAGCCAUACUGUAUGCGUAACGGUGUACUGGGUGUCAUGGGACAGUUGAUCGUUUUACGACUAAAUGGAAAUAAUCUUGAUGAUAAUAUGAAGAAAACCAGAGAUAAAAUACUUGAUCAUUUGGAGUCUCAUAUUCAUGACGUAAACAGUUACGUGCGAAGCAAAGUCUUACAGAUUUGGCAAGAUAUAUGCAGAGAAAAGGCAAUUCCAGUUGAUCGUCAACAGGUUGUUCUCGGUCUUGUCAUUGGUCGCUUACGGGAUGGCUCUACCAAUGUGAGGAAAAAUGCAAUCAUCUAUUUGAAGGAUUAUCUUAUGUGUAAUCCGUUUGGAUCAAAGUUUUCCAUUGCUGAAGUGGAGAAGAAGUUGCAGGAAGAAACAGCGAAAUUAAAGCAAAUGGAUAAUUCCAAAGACGAGAGUAGAGGAACGAGUGCCGUAGAUCUCAAAAGAUGGCAAGAACUGGAACAUGAAGUGAAGAGGGUUGUCGACGAUAACUGUGACGUUGAGGAUAUUGUUGACGAAGAUGGAGAGCACGUUGAGUUUCAGGGAGAUGUCAAUGAGGCACUUGAAUUUGCCUUGUUCAACAUUAAAAAGCAGAUGGUUGCGGGAGAUCAUUUUAAGGCCCUCGCUGUCUUUAAAGCUGCCGUUGCCACCUGGCCAGAUUACGAUUUAUUCAAUAAUUACAUGCACAGCAAAGGGGUGGAAUCAAGCGAGAAUAGAGAAGAGAUUGUCAGCAAUCAUUUGUCGUUAUUAAAGAAAAUAUUUCUCAAUCCGAAUUUCGGCCCAACUACGAAAAGCUCUUCCGACAUACGUGAAGGUGAAGACCAGGAAAGUCAGGUGAACACGAACGAUACUUCAAGUCCCGAUGGUGCAAACGAGAUCUCUAAGCAACGAGUUGUUGUACAGUUCUUGAAGGACUAUCUGUCAUUCCAUGCUUCAUACCAACAAGCUCUUACGCACGUUUCUCGACUAAUGGCCUCCCAUGUAGCCACGGAUGUCCACGAAUCCAUUGAUUUCGUGGUCAUUGCCCAGGAGUUCGGUCUAAAUAAUGCCCUAUUGGCGGUGAGGCGAUUGUUAAACUUGAUAUGGUCAAAGGAUAACAGCAUAAAAAGUAAAGUUGUCGACGCAUAUAAACGAUUGUAUCUCGAUCCACCUGUUCAGGGACAAAGGGCAAAAUGCGAAGCAAUUAUAAAGAAUCUCUCGGCUCUUCUGUCUGGCGCCACAAUUGGUGAUCUUGCAUCUCUUGACGAAUUGGCUUACAAGUUGAUGAAGGAGAAGCUCAUUCCCAAUAAUGUUGUUCAUCUUCUGUGGGAAAAGUUCGCCAUGAAGGACUCGCAGACAACAAAGGAACAAAGGCAGUCGGCGUUGAAGCUUCUUGGCAUGUUUGCCCGAGGCAAACAUGAAAUGGUUAAGAGCAAUGUGGACGUUCUUGUGACUAUUGGACUUUGUGAUCAAGCCAAAGAUGACUCUUUAUUGGUCAAGGAUACUUGUACAAUGAUGUUAAAAUUGAAUUCUGAUCUAAAGGUUUACGAGAAGCAGCGACCGCUGCGUUUUACUUCUGAUCACGUUAUGUUUCAACGGCUCAAUGAUAUUUUGGUCAGCAGCAUUACCACAAACAUGCAGGGUAUGUGGGUACCGAUGGCUGAAGAGGCUAUCAAAGUCAUUUACAAUCUGGCACAACAUCCCGACAAAAUAUGCAGUCAACUCAUCAAGAAUCUGACUAGGAGGAUUUUUGCUGCGAACGAAGAUGAAGAGUCAAGUGGAAGCACUGAGAAAGGAAACGACAACACACUUAUGUCAUGUUCAACCCACGUGUUAGCUCGAUAUCUGGCAGCUGCUGGUCAUAUUGCGCUACAGCAAGUCAUUUAUCUCGAGACUAGCGUUCUAGGAGAGAUCAAACGUCGACAGAGGUUAAAAGAGGAUAACAAAGAACACAAAAAUGGGAGAAAUACUGUGUCUGGCGGUGAUCAAACAUCGAUAAAUAAGGAAGGGGCUAGUGAAUCUCUUGAGGAUGAAAUGGGAUUGACAGGAGCAACUGCUGAAGACGCUGAAGCUGAAUGUAUUAAGAAAAUUUGUGACCACGAAAUUGUAACAGGUGGUGAAAAUCUCUUGUCGAUACUUGGUCACGUGGUCAUUAAAAUAUGCACCAACCCAGUUAAAUAUUCGGACGUUCAGUUGCAAACUGCUGCCUCGUUGGCUCUUUCAAAGUUUAUGUUAGUGAGUGCGGAGUUUUGCGAGAAUAACCUUCAAUUGUUGGUGACAAUAUUGGAAAAAAGCCCCCACGAGGUUAUUCGCUCGAAUACGAUAAUUUCUCUUGGUGAUUUGACGACACGUUUUCCCAAUCUUCUUGAACCAUGGACAGCAAACCUUUACGCCAGACUUCGGGAUGAUUCGCCGCAAGUUCGGAUGAACACGAUGAAGAUAAUGACUCGUCUCAUUCUCAACGAUAUGGUGAAGGUGAAAGGUCAGAUCAGCGAGAUUGCAACCUGCUUACAAGACGAAGAUUCUAGAAUUGCUGAAUUGGCAAAAUGUUUUUUCUCGGAACUUUCAAAGAAGGGGAAUGCUGUUUACAAUAUAUUACCAGACAUUAUAAGUAGACUUUCUGAUCCUGAGACCGGAAUACAAGAAAACCCUUUCAAAAGUAUCAUGAGUUAUCUAUUCUCGUUUAUUAAAAAAGAUCGACAUUGUGAAAGUUUAGUUGAAAAACUUUGUCAUCGUUUUAGAGCUACGAGAACUGAACGUCAAUGGAUGGAUCUAUCAUUUUGUCUGGCACAGCUCUCAUAUAAUGAACGAUCACUGAGAAAACUGCAUGAAAAUAUCGCGUGUUUCCAAAGUACUUUGUCCAAUAAUGACGUCUACUCGUAUUUUCAAAUCAUUAUUGGAAAAUGCAAGAAAACGGCAAAAGCUGAAAUGAAAAUUGUUGUUGAAGAGUUUGAAGGUCGUAUUGUUGCCUUUCACGAGAAAGUUGUUGAGCAAGAAGCAGGCUACGAACGCGCAGGGCAAGCUUCGUUCGCUGCUCGGGUGCUUGUCGAAAAAGUUGGAAAAAAGGCAAAAACAUCAUGUGAAAAUCGUACACCUGCAUUGAGAAAAACUCCAAGGAACCGAAAGAAACCUAUAAUCGAAUUUGAUAGCGAUGACGAGGAUUUGUUUGAUCAAGACUGGGGAGAGGAUGAAAUAGAUGAGAGUGUUUGAUAAAACCUGGAGACUGGGGAGAGGAUGAAAUAGAUGAGAGUGUUUGAUAAAACCUGGAGACUGGGGAGAGGAUGAAAUAGAUGAGAGUGUUUGAUAAAACCUGGAGACCGGGGAGAGGAUGAAAUAGAUGAGAGUGUUUGAUAAAACCUGGAUAGAAAUUGUUUUGAUAAGUAUCUGUGAUGCUGUUUCACUAUAGAUAUAUGCUGAUUUUAUAGCAAGUAAGGAUGUUUGUUUCGGUGCAUUCAAUUCUAAAUGGCGGAGCAAGGAUCUUUAAUUAACAACGUUGUAAAAAUCUGUAAUUAUGCAGUGGAAAUAUUUGUAGGAGAUUGUGAACGGAAGUGAUCAAAUCACAGCCAUUUAAAUUGA